CGAUGCACUCGAGUAUGUUUGUCCGCGCUACGAGACGCUGCAACACGUCACCGUCCCGACGUUUCGUACUGGCCGUCGCCGUCGUGUUCUCGCGGUCCCGCCGUUAACGGUACACGUGCAGUUCUCGUCGCCGUGCGAUAUUUCGUCCGUCGCCGGUACGCCACGGACAUUGUUUUUUUUUUUUUUUUUCUGUUUCCGAUUCCGUCACGUUUUCGCUUUUCCGAUCGUUAUUCGCGUAUUCGGACAUCGGAUUUUUUUUUUUUCGGCCGUCGGCGUGUAUCUGAUAUCCGCCGUCAUCGCAAAGGUUCUCGUACGUAAGUAUAAUAUUGUUUAUAACAAUUGUAUUAUAAGGCAAGCCGUUUUAUAUCCGCACUCGUAGCAGUGGCUUAACUAGAACUUCCGAUGCCCGUGGUAAAACCUAACUGAUUAGCAAAAAAAAAAAAAAAAAAUUUUUCAAAACGACCCUCACCUGUCCGAUAAUGCCCUGGUCUAGGCCACUACUAUGGUCCUCAUCUGUUGUGGGCCCGUGGUUUUCCAGGGGCCUCCGACGAAGUCAAGUGACAACACUGGUCGUACGAUCGUAAGCACCGUGUAUAUAAGUCUUCAUAUGCAGUUGCAGCAAGUCCUGAACGCGGACAAGAAUCUAGCGAGUUAUGUUGUCCAAUCGAAACAUUUAAAAUAUCGUUCAGGAAACAGAUCAUACACAUCGAACGAUUAUAAGUCUUCGCGCGUCUAUGAAAUCUGAAAUAUUUUUUCGGUAUAGGUCCCAACACCUUCACCAUAAAUUCACGGUCAUAACUACAAAAUAUUAUUAUUAAUAUAAUCGCUAUAUUAUCAAAACUCAUACCUCGCGCCUAAUGAUGGGUUCAAUCGUAAUUCAGUGAGUAUCUCGGCGGUGAAUUUUCCCAGCAACUCGUAUAAUUUAUUAGGCAAAGGUACGUGAAAAAUUCGCCCGACAAUAAUGCGCGUAUUAAAAUAUCGGUAAAAAAAAAAGCGCUGUCUAUAGAAUUUUUACGAUUAUUCGGGGCUACAGGGUUUUUAAAGGUUUUGAGAUGCGUAUUUUAUCGAGAUAAUGGCUGUGGUAUUGUACAUCACAGAGCAAAAGAUAAAGCAAAAUAAUCAAAAUAAAAACAUCACUUAAAAUGACAUGAAAAUACAUAAAAAGAAAAUUAUUUCGAGAAGAAAAAGGUGAUACCGUUCAUGGGUGAGCCACUGUUUUAGGAGGAUAAUUGGAAAGAAACGAUAUACCGGAUAAUUUGGUUUGUAUGAUGUAUUCAUUUUAUGCAAAUGUAAAUUUAUACCUUAUUCAUUUUUGUAAUUGUAUGUAUCUGUGUAACCGUGGGCACCGGUCGGGUUUCCCUAAUUCCAUGGGGUGCUCAGCCACGUAAAUGGCCGAUGAGGUCAUCAACAAUAAUAUAAAUAUUAUAAUGCGUUAUGAGUAGGUAUAUAUCAAAUAACCGAAAUAUAUUCCAAAUAAUAUAUAUAUAUUUAUUACUUCGUGUGAUGCUCGGCAUUCUAUAGAAUAGGACAUGAGGUGCUCGAGCAACCGCAGCACCUCAAUAGCCGACGCCAACGUAUACAUGCAACUCUCUAUCACCAAAGCAAGCUUCGCUGAAAUGUGGUAGAUAUUUAUUUGAAAUUAAAUAUUUUCAAAAAAAAAAAUUCCAAACGAAAAAACGAUUCUGAACGGAGUAGCGUCGUGAUUUUACGGUAUCUCGUGAGAUCAACAACAAAUUUCCCGUUUUUCACAAUACUAUUGAGAUGAGUACGGGGAACAUCGAAAAAUGACGCCCUAAAUACACCAGCUAGAUCCAAAAUGCUACAAGAAAGUUCUUAUAAUACUUUCGAUUGGUGCAAUAUUUCUAAUAGAAAUGUUGUUAACAAACUGUACAAAGACACAUCACGGUAAAACCGAAACAUUUGUCUUUACGAUCAGAUAAGAUAUCGCUUUUUUUUUUCCAUCGGGAUCCCUCGAAUAAUAACAAUACGGAUCCUAAUCUAACCUAACCUACUCGUCUGCGCUAUAGGUGCCGAUUUUACUAUACAAUUUGUAUUCUACGAGUGUUUAAUUGAACCAUUCGAUCUAGACUACAAUGUAUAAUUAUUAUCAUAAUAAUAAUACGAGUAUACGAGGUACAACAGACCAUCUCCCGUUUCACUUUAAAUAAUUCCGAUUUUCGUAUACACAAAUAAUAAAUUGGAUUAUUUCUUUCGCCACACAAUAAAUUAACGCGUCUUUUAAUGGUUGUGCAAUAAUAGUAAUGGUACUACGGUCUGCAGCCGAUUCGUUUUAUACUUUAGUCUUAUACAAUCGUUCGUUAUUCGUACAUAAUUAUACUGUAGCGGACGGACACUGCGCGUAACGCAUUGUAUUGUAGCUGAUACAGUAGGAUGAUUAAAAUUUAACUUUUUUUUUUUUUUUCUGGUAUAUAAACGUGUAAACGUAUAACCAAUAACACGCGUGGUGAUCAAAAAUUCAACUUUAAAAAACAAACGGCCAUACUUCGCACGAUGGGUGGUCCACUGUUGUCGGUGAGAAGUUGAAAAGGUAAAUGGGAAAUUCAAUGUAUAUCUGUGCGCAACGAUUUAUCAUUGCUAACGGAAAACGAUUCUGAGCGGAGUUCGGUUAAACAUGCUUUGAAAGACCGUAAUAUUAACGAUGUACAAAUAAUAAAUUCCGUAAAUUUUCCUGUUUUUCCUACGUUUAUUCACAUUUAUUAUAAAAACCCCUAGGAGACCUUCCUAAAGUACUAUCCCAUAAAAAUUUUCUUUGAGAAAAGGUACUAAAUUUGAAAAUCGGACCGUAAGUUUUAGUAGAAAAGUUGUUCACAGAAAAAAAUUGUAUCAUCGUAAAACCAAAAUAUUCCUUGCUCCGCUCAGAAUCUAAAUUAUCUUAGGGGCACUUGGUCAACAUUUGUUCUACGCGAUGUUCAUGAACCACGGGAAAAAUUUAAAAUCAAAUCGUUAUGUUUUAAAAAUCGCAUUACCGGUUGAUUGAAAUGCCGUUAUAUAAAAUGACCUAGAUAUCUAUUAUUUUAUAAAAGUAAUGUAAUAUCUAAAUCGUCCAUAGUACUGUAUGUCGAUUAAAUUAUUUGUAAAUAUAUUUCUUUAGACAAAAUAUCUAGAAGAAUAUUCGUCUUACUGCAAAUUGUAUUAGCACUGCAGUAUUUAACCCUUGUUGCUCGAUAAUUAAUAUGUUUAAAUGGAUAUUUCAUUGUUUGUGAUAACCAUAUAUUAACCAACAAUUAUAAUUUUUUUUUUUUCAUCCGUGUCACCAAGGUAACCUAUAAACCAGCAAUAAAAAAAAAAUCAAUCAAUUUUUGUUCCGAAAAUAUCAACAACCAUGUAUUAGCCAUGCUCUGGAAUUUGAAUUUUGAAAAUGCUUACGAAGAACAAACAGACAGACAGACACUUUCUUUUAUUAAUACUAUUAAAGAAGAUAAUUAACAAUGUAGUAACGAGUGAAAUAUUGUAAAUUAUUAUUAUCCGGACGGUCAUUCAAAGAUCGGACGAUAAUGUUAUGAAAAAAAAAAAAACGUAUCGAAAAUAAUAUAAUACAUUUACACGGAAGAUAACGUGUUAAAAAUCUAUCAAGGGAACACAUAAUAUAAUACCGAAUCCGAGUUACGAAUAUAACGGACGUUUGUAUAUAAAAAAAAAAUUAAAUUACUUUGACUUAUCGUAAUAUAUUGUACAUCGUAUACAUAUAAACGUGCAGUUAUAAUAUGCGAGAAGCGCAAAAUAGUUACGUAAUAGAUUUUUUUUUAAUUUUUAAUUUUUUUUUUUUCAUCAAAAAAUACGUUCUAUUAACUAUUCUCAGCAGACGUGUAUAAAACUAUUAUAAACACCAUAUAUAUGUACAUUAUAUUUUAAAAUCUUGUAAUAUUAUAAUGUUGUAAGUACUCGAAAAUAAUCCUUUAGAACAUUUUCUCUGAAUACGAACAUUUCGAACAUCUACAUUUUUUUUUUUGAUCGAUUCAAUUGCCAUGUGCAAAAAUAUUAUAGAUUUACUUAUAAUUUAACGUUUAUGUAAAUUUGGAUACCCACUUGGGUACAUAUAUUAUAAAUAUUACCAAAACUUAAGAUUAAUAAAAAUUAACACUGUAUUUUGUAUGCUAAAUAAUUUUGCAAUAAUUAUUAUUGCUAAUAUAUUUUUGAUUUUUAUUUUUUGAAUUUUCUUUAUGCUAGGUCAUAAUAUUUUUUUUUGAAAAUAAACUCAUAAUUUUCUCGGAGCACGAAAGUUUUAGAGCAUUUAAAUUUAUUGUUGUUUACCUAUAACUAUAACCUUAUAAUUAAUAUUCAUUAUUGACCAUAGUAACUCAAUGAAAUUAAUGGAAGAAUUUAUUGAUAAUUAUAAAGUGGCUUUUAACAAUAAAUAAACAUGUUGACGAUUUUAGAUUCUGAAUGAAAUGAGGAAUAUAUUGGUUUUACAAUAGUGUUUAUUUAAUUUAUUUAUUUUUUCUGUAAAUAACUUUUCUACCAAAAUAUCUCGUAGGGUGAUAUUUUAAGAAGUUCUUUUUUUGAUUCUCCAAAAAGUUUUCAUGAUAAAUUAUAAAAAAACGAAGAAAUUUACGAAAUGUAUUAUUCUCAAAUCUUACGAUUUAAAAUAAUACAGCCUUUCAAAACAUACAUAACCGAACUCCGCUUAAAAUCGUUUUUCGUUACCAAUGAUUAAUCGUUAUAUACAGAUAUUUUCCCCUCUACCUUCCUAACUUCUCAACUACAAUAGUGGCCCACUCGUUGUGCUAAUUAUGUUUGUUUUUUUUUUUAAAUGAUUUUUUAUGAUUAACAAUUAUUAAUGAACUUGAAAUAGUGUUAUAUUUUCCCAUUAAAAAAAAUUGUAUUUUUGUUAUUUCUCAUAAUUAAAUAAAAUUUGUGUUUUCACUAUGUUUUAUAUAUAACUCAUAUGUUUUUUAUAUAAUUCUGUUUGCUUCCUCCAACAAUUAUUAUAAGCUAUAAAUAUAUGUAGGUACUUUUAAAACUAAAUUCAUUGUUUAAUUUUUUCAUAAUUUGAUCAUUUUUGUAUGAUUUCUAUUUUAUACAAUAAUGUAAUUACGAAGUUAUUUACAGAGUACUCUGAAAUAAUGUAAAUACAUAUAUAAACAUCAACUCAAGUUAUGCACUCAUUAGUUCCUUAUUCCGGUUUUACAAAAUCCUGGCAAGAAAAUUCAGCUGUUACUAAUAAUUCUGUACUUUUUUCGUUGACGAGAAACGUCACAUUUUUUUUUUCAUUCAGUUUAGUAGUGAAAAUAUAAAAUACAUUUACUGAAUAAUAAUAAAAAUAUCGCUGUUAAAAAAGUUAUAAUACCUAAUAUUAAUAAACUUGUGUAAACUAUUUAAAAGUAAAGUGUACAACCGCACACGCUGAUUCCCAUCCUCUCUCCCAAUGACCUAUCCUUCUUCCCUUGCGCACGCCAAUAAGUAUUUUACGAGUAUGCAUAUUACGUUUAUUGGUUUUUUUUUUUUUUUUUUUUACGUAACGAAAAUUUUGAAACGUUUUCUUUCUCCACACUCUUUUGUAACGAACAUCUUUUUUUUUGCAAUUGUGUAUUUAGAAAACUAUGACGGUCGACUAUUGCAAUCUAGAUUCCGUGAUGAUAACCUUGUAAAAGACAAUAUCAUAAUACAGACACUCUUACGAAUUCGUCAUUCAAUUGACAAUAAUGUAUUACCUGCAUAAGUUGAGUAUGAUAAUAUUCAAUUACGCACAAGUGCAGGUCGACUUUCACUGAAAUGUCUGCGUGUUGACACUUCUUCUACUGCAAUUACUGAGAUCACAAUUUAUCACAAUAUACUAUGCAUUUCGAUGAGUAGACAAUGAUUGAUAUUCAUAUUGUACAAUAAAGAAACAAUAAUGAAUACAAAAACGUUAUAUAAUCGUUUUAUAAAUAACGCAUACAAACGAUAAAUGAGCGGUUUUAUGAGAAAAAGCCUAUAUAAAUCAACUUUGGCCAUUUUUGGUUUGUACAAUAUCAACUCUGUGGGAAAUUUCAAGUCACAUUAAAUGGUACAAUUAUAAUUUACAGAUGUAGGUACUUCAGAAUUUUUUAAAAAUAUUACUCUAUGAAAUACGUCUCUUAUUUAAUUUUUUUUUUUUUAUUUUGUAUAAUUGUAUACAAUAAAUAUUCGUAUAAUAUCAACAUCAAGUCAAAUUGAGAAAGCCAUCCGGGGUAAACGCUAAAAAGCCGUGUUUCGUCUUCACUGUAAAGUGGCUGGUUUUGAUUUGCUCUUAAAAAUCGUCCAACUUAUCGAAUCAGAAAACUAUUUAUAAUGCUCAAUUUAAAAACUAAAUGUAGAUAACUAAGAGUAUAUAUAUGCUAUUUAGCGUUAUAUAUAUUGUAUAUAUAUAUAUAGUAAAACAAUUUUUCUUUCUUCAUUCGUGUAUGAAGUAUUUUAAUUAUAUACUCUAAAUACAAUAUUAUACUGGUUUUGAAGACAAUUCGUUCGUUAGAAUAAAUUACCAUAACAUUUAGUACAAACAAUUCUUAACGAAGAAACCAAAACACACGACUUUUAGUCGCGUUAAAUCGUUUUAUUUUACUACUGUGAUUGAAAAAAAUCUAGAAAGUUUUUUUUUUUUAUGAUUUCUUUGAUUUUUUGACAUAAUUAUUAUCGGUACGGUUAACCUCCUCUCACCCGAAUCUGACAUUAUAAUAUAAUAAAACAGUUAAAAGAGGAAACGAACGAAAUAAAGAUUUUUUGGUUACAAAUAAUUAUUUUCUUUUAGAUUUUCAACGACGGCGGAAAAUAUUACAGUUUCGCUUGUUACACCUAUUGUUUUUUUUUUUUUUUUUUUUUUUUUUUUUUUAUGUAAACAAUUUCACUGAGCAACUACUAGUAGGUAUAUAAUAUAUACACAAACUACAGUGUCCAACUGUUUAGACUGUACGCAUUUAUUUCGUAAUAAUGAAUUAUUUGUCCCAUUAUUAUUUCCAAAUAGUUUUUUUUCAAUUUAUAUAAUAUUGACGAGUCGACAAUCGCGUAGUUAUUUGAAAAUGUCAUUAGGCGAGACGACCGAACAACAGUGUCGGUUUAAGUACUUCGCGCGAUUUCACUAAUAUAUUAUAAUAUAUAUGUAAAUUCGAUGCAAUAUCGUUUUGCUGUUGCCGCUAAUCUCAAUCUUUACGAUGUAUACAGAGUGUUGCCUAUUUAGCAGGGGCAUAUAACGAUUACAUAUAUACGAAGAUUUCGAGUAAAUUGUAUUCGAAGUUUCCUCGGGUUUGUUAUGGUUAACGAUUUUAUUCGUCGUGCAAUAUAAUAUUCGACGUUUUUGAAAAUUGAAAAAGUUUUAAAUAUAAUGUACAUAAUAUUCUAUAAUUACAUCUACUACACCUGUACCAUAUACCUCUUAGCUCUUAAUGGUAAAUUAAUCCACUGCAUUGAUCCUUUAACGACAUCUUAAUGCGGCUUAGUCCGGGCUUUUUUUUCGCAAUCGCCAGUUUAGUUUCAAUUUAAAAUUAAGUUUAUUAUGUAUACCACGUGCAUUUAAAUAAAUUCUCGCCGUGGCGUAUACAAAAUGAAAAUUAAUUUUCCUAACCGAUAAAAACAAUUUUCCGGAAAAAUAAUUGGUAAUAUCCAAAAGUUUUUCAAAUAAAAUAUCACCUGGGAAGAAAUAUUCGAACAUCGGAACAUCAAAGUAUCGGAGCAUUUCAAACUAAACCGUAAAAGUGUUUUCCGAUCAAACAUAAAACCACAUUUUUAUAAAACAAGCUUUUCCGUUACACCCGGAUCGGAUAAACAUUUUAAACAUAGUGCAUUUUAAGCGUCCCGAAUAUACCGACUAAACCCAUUCGAAAUCUCCGUAUAGACUACAAUCGCCGCGCCGGUCGGUGACGAAAGAAUCACCCUGUACGUUGCACGAGCGGAGUUAGGCACCCAGCUGUGUAUUAUUUUUGCGCGCGCGGUCGUUUUGUUUUUCUAUUCACGAACGACGGGCCAGAAGAGUUGCCGCGCGCUCGGCACGAUUCGCGCGCGAGACGACACACACUUUACACGAACCCCGCGCCGUGCCGGCGGUGAACUCUAACCCGACCGCGAAGAAGAAGAAAAAGAAGAAGAAGUCGACGACUUUCGUCAAAACAGGAAACACAAUUCGCUUUCAAUACACCCAUUAGGUAUAUAAUAUUAUAUAGGUGCUGCGGCAGACUCUUGACUAUAAUAAACACAAUACAGGUACGGUUUUCGAGAGGACAGUCGAGUCAAUAAUAGCGCGCGUGUACAUAUAAUACGUACUCUGUAGACGGAUAAUGUAGUUGUUAUAUAAUAAUUGGAUACGGUUUGGCCGGUGGGCAGACGAUGAGACCGGUCGUACGCACACGUACCUGUUACACGCGUAUUUAUCGCCCGUAGGGGUCAGUCGGACUGCCGGUCGGUCAGGUGAAAGUGUAUCCUUGGAUUACAUCAUUAUUAUAUAUUUUUGUUUCCCCUUACCCCUCCCCCCCUCAUCCCGCCCCGACGACUUGUACGCGUAGUAUUUAUAUUUACUGUAUGUAUGAUUUGAUUUUUUUUUUUUUUUUCAAAACUCGGUGACCUCGUUUAAAUUAAAAUUUAUACACAGCGCCGUAUUCGUUCCAAUCAUACCGCCGGUAUUCGUAUAUAUUUAAUAUUACGCAAUUUCGGAAAAUAGUAUUGAAACACACGGGGGCGACUAUCGUACAUAUCGGAGAGAUAUACCGUGGCGAAAAACACUGAACACAAUAUAAUAGAAACAAAAACAAAAAAAACUGUGCCGUAUAUUAUAAUGAGCGUGUGAUUUUUUUUUUUCACGUGCCAUACAGGUGCUGCAGCCUAGGGGAGGUUCGGAUUGGCGUUAUGUAAAAGCGAAACCGCUGCAGAAAAACACGUGCAUUAGGUCAGUGUGGACAAUGUGUAUCGACGGACACGCCGAGGAUUCGUUUACUACAACUAUUAUUUCUACGACCGUCACAUCAGCCGCCGCAAUCGAUUCAGGUACAAAACGUAUAUUAUGACAUAUUAUAAAUAAUUAUUAGUGAUCAGCACGACCGAAACAGGUGCUAUCGAACUAUUCAAAUAUUUUAACCAUUCAAUAGUUUCAACAGUUUUGUAGAACGAAUAGUUAUUAGAAAUAUUCGACAGUUUUAUCGAAUAAAAUGGACAACAAUUUUCGAAUGAAACAUUCGAUAGUUCAUCCAAAUUAAUCAAAAACUAUCGAUAGUAUAAACUAUUCGGAAAUAUCCAUUACCAAUAAUAACAGUAUAAUGUUAAUCGAUUAUACACAUUACCAAAAUAAUUAUUAUAAUUAAUUCAAUUUAAAAUAACGUGCCGUAUUUAUGGGUUGAAUAUAGUCGAUUUUCUCAUAACGUUUGAAAAAAAAAUUAAAAUUUAUCAACCUUUCGCUGUCUAUUACAUUUACAAGUCGACUCAUAGGCAUGCGCAGACUUUAAAUUCGGGUCGUGCCUAAGAAAAAUUAAUUUAUUAGAUAAAUCGUCCCAAUCAACUUUCAUUACCUUUCAAUACCAGAUAAUACAAAAAAAAAUAAAUAAAUUUUAUGCGCUGUCUUUAAAUUAGUUUUCAUAAUUAUAUCAAGUAGGUACCAAAUAAAUAUCAUACACUCCAGAAAAUCAAAAUUAAAAGUUUUUUCAAUCAAUAAUCAUCAUAGUCUAUAAAUAAAUAACUUGGAUAGUUACAAUUAAACACAGUCGUAAAAGAUAAGAACGAAAUUGGCAGUGAAAUCAAAAUGUAUGAACUAAAUUUUAAAUUAAAGAAAAAAAAGUGAUCGUAAUUUUACUAAACAUAAAACAUGUACCUACUACUACCCAAAAUUACUCGGACUUCAUUAUUAAGACACCACAUUUUCACCUUAAAAAAGGGAAGUCGCACUGUGCAACGGUGAUUUUACUCUUUCAAUACCAUCGCUACGAAAAUGUUUAUCCUAGCACUUUAGAAAUUUAUAAUUAUCUAUCGGAUUUUAGUCCAAUAAUAAUUUUUUAUUUGUAUAUAUGAUAUCGAUAAAAUAAAAUCAACAUUGCACAGUGCAAGUUCUCCAUUUUAUAUAGUAAAAAGGUAGUUUAUCAAUUAUUGCUAAAGCCCGGGUAAUAUUUCGUGCAUGAAAAUUUGUUCACAAUCGAAUUUCGAGGCCAUUAAAUCAUAUUAACAGGACGCCACAUCUACAACUACUGUCUCCGUGUACAACGCAUCCGACGCACGACAUAGGUAGCAAAGACGUAGAAUUUUAAGCGAUAUAUAAAAAAAAAUCGUGAUAUUUCACUUACUCAUAUCACGCUUAAAAAUUUAAAUAUCGAAAAAAAACCGACGUUCAGACACAGAUAAGGUUCUAACUAUUAAUUCUGGAAAUAGGUUAAUUCAAUCUAAUAUAUUAAAACGAACGGCACAAAAUGUAUCCGACUUUACGUAAAUUUGUCACGUCGUGAUGCGUUUAUAAGACGGAAAUAGUAGAUUUUACGUGAAAUAAUGACACGCAAAAACACAAUGACAUUAUUUUAAGUUGUAUUGUAUACUAGAUAAUUCACCCCAUUUUUAUGAUUAAAUUUUGCAUAUAUUCAAAUUCUGAUUUUUGGAAUUUGUAUGUGUAGUUAAAGCCGAUAUUUUCGAAUACUUGGAUUUUUAGUACUAAUAAAACGCCGCGCGCAGUACCGCCACACAAAUGAUACCCCACUAGAUUCUCUCCUACAACGAAGUUUUUUCUUUUACUCGUUUUAAUACCGUCCGCAACUCGGAUUUUUUUUUACCUGUUUUAAUCUUGACCAUGACUCGGUAUCAACCACUUUCCCCUAACCUAACUACACUUAAAAAAUUCAAAAAUCCUAAUUUGAAUGCAUGCAAAAUUUAACAAAAAAAAAUUAGUGCAUAGCACGCUUAGUGAAUCAUCCUGUAUAAAGUUAUCUUAAUAGAAAUUCGACGCGUAGGGGUUUCUCAACGUAUUUCAAAAGUCCGUAUCUUACAGCUUAUGAAAAGUCCUAAACACGCUAUCGUUCGGUCGGGUUAGGUAAUUAGGUUAGGUUAGGUAUGUGUUAAUGUCUACGUAAUGAUUGUACGCGAUGACCGCCGCCGUCGUACACCCAGAGCCCGUAUCGCGUGCCGUUCGCGGUUUACACACCGCGAUAAUUAUUAUGAUGUAUCGAAAAGCGUCGGUAGUAAUAAUAUUUUUUGGCAUCGUGAUUUUAAUGAGAAUUUUCCCUUUUUUUGGCCGGACCAACCGCAAUAUUAUUACAUAGGUGCAUUUUGCACCUAUGUAAUAUAUAUAGUGCAUACUAAUAUGUAGCGCAUAAUCGAAACGUUUAUGUUUCAGAACCCGCGUUCACGAGCAAUAAUGCCGCUUCUGUUGCAAUAGUGCUGGACGACCGCAGCGGACAUGAUAUUCGCCUUGAUCGCGGCCGGAUCAGCUUUAAAAGCCGGCUUGACGAUAGUGGGCACCAGUGUAUGGAUGAUACCGGUGUUGAUAGCCGCCAUGGCUUACUACCGGUACGACCUUUAUGACCCCGAAUCCCGACCGUUCAACCAGAAAACCCUUAAGCGGGAGUAUGACUUUAUCGUUAUUGGCGGAGGAUCUGCGGGCGCGGUGGUCGCCAAUAGGCUAUCAGAGGUAAACAGUGACGGCGAUGACGAAUUGUAGUCACGCAGCAUAAAGAUACACUGGACGCUCAACAAAGAAUCAAAAGUUGUCUACCAAAUUGACUUGGUAGUGUGGCAAAUAUAACAUAAAAUACAUAAUAAUAUACGAUAGGCAACCAUUACGAGCGGAGCGAGGAAUAUAUUGGUUUUACAAUGCUGUUUAUUGUUUUUUUCUGUGAAUAAUUUUCAUGAAAUGAAAAAAAUCUGACUGGAAUGGUAUUUUAAGGAGGUAAUUAUUUGAUUUUCCCAGGGGGUUUUCUAAUUAAUGAGAAAAACCAGAAAAUUUACGAAAUUUAUUGUUUUCAAAUCGUUAAUAUUACGGCCUUUCAAAACAUGUAUAACCGAACUCCACUCGGAAUAGUUUUUCGUUAGUAAAGAUUAAUCUUUGCAUACAGAUAUACAUUAAAUUUUCCCUUUAUCUUCCUAAAUUCUCACAAACAACAGUGGCCCGCCCAUUGUACGAAGUAUGUCCGUUUGUGUUUUUAUAUCAUCGAUUCUUAUCAUGAGUGUCACGUCAUUAAUAGUAUUUUAAAUCAUGCAAAAAACAUCUGCCAUAGUAUAAUAAGACGUGAUACUGGGCAGACACUAGUUAAAAAGUUGUAAGUUACUAGUUUUGAUAACUUUUGAUAACUCCACUAGUUAAAAAAAAAAAUAUUAGAAAUUAACUUUGAUAGUUCUUUAUUUUAAUAAAUAAUGUUGACUUAAUUUAUUUUUUUUACAUUUUAUCUAUACAAAACACACAUAAGCCUAAGUUUGUGUUGGGGUAGAGACUUAUCAUUCUAGUUUUAUACUACUAAACAAGGUAACUCAAUUUAUUUCACAACAUUCUAUUUCGAGAGCCGCUACUUAGAAUAUCCAGUGUAUCUUAACUAGUGCUAGCAAUAUCUAUUAUUUAUUCUCCAAUCAUUUUAAUAAUUUUCGGUCGUCGUUUGCUACAGAUCGGACACUGGAGCGUUUUGCUCUUAGAAGCCGGCCCGGACGAGAACGAACUGUCCGACGUCCCUUCGUUGGCCGCUUACCUUCAAUUAUCGCGUUUGGACUGGCAAUACAAAACCGAACCAACGGGUAAGUGCUAAGCUUAUUUGUUCUAAAAAAAAUUAUGUUUUCUACGACGUUUAGCGUUUAGAUUCUUCUUCUGUUUUCUCUUAUGCUUUUAUUUUAAAACUUUUUCUGAAACGGUUCCCUCUGUCCUAAAAUUUUUAACAAAUUUCUCAUAUUAAUUUGCAUAACACAAUCAAAAGCCUCUGACUCGAAAUAUCUUAUCAGCACCACAGUUGUUCAGUCGGUCCUUAUCGAAGAAACGUCUAUAACGAGUGAAUAUAAUUUGUACGUUUUAAAUUCUAGGCAAGGCGUGUUUGGGACUAAAGAACGGUCGUUGCAAUUGGCCCCGGGGUAAAGUAUUGGGCGGGUCAAGCGUACUGAAUUACAUGUUGUACGUUCGUGGUAAUCGACACGAUUAUGACGGUUGGCGAGACAUGGGCAACGAAGGUUGGGGUUACAGUGAAAUACUGAAAUACUUCACCAAAUCGGAAGACAACCGGAAUCCAUAUUUGGCCAGACCCGGGUCACCGUACCACAGGGCAGGCGGCCUAUUGACAGUACAAGAAGCCCCAUGGAAAAGCCCGUUGGUGGUAUCGUUCGUCGAAGCCGGUCAAGAAGUGACGGGUUACCCGAACAGAGACAUAAACGGAAAAUAUCAAACAGGAUUUAUGGUCGCGCAGGUAAUUUAUAUUAGUCAAAUACAUUUCCUUAUAUAUGGAUAAAGAGAAAUAUUUCUUUAGCCACCUAAUAAUCUCUAUCCACUUUUUCUCUGAUCGUGACUAAUUUUCAACUUAAAUAUUAUACAUUAAAAUCAUCUUAUGAACAUCAUACUGAUUAUCAGGGGACGAUUCGUCGGGGCACCCGGUGUAGUACCGCCAAGGCAUUCCUUCGGCCAGCCCGGCUUAGGCCCAACUUGCAUGUCGCGCUGUACGCACACGUUACCAAGAUCAUCAUAAACCCGGUCACCAACCAAGCGACGGGGGUGCAGUUCUUGCGUGACGGCCGGAUGCACCUGGUGCACGCCAAACGGGAAGUGAUCCUAUCGGGUGGCAGUAUUGGCAGCGCACAACUUCUGAUGCUGUCUGGCGUCGGUCCCCAGGAACACUUGCAACGGCUGGGUAUUCGUGUACUGAGGGAUUUGCGCGUCGGUGACAAUCUACAAGACCACGUGGGUAUGUUCGGGUUAACGUUCAUCGUCGACAAACCCGUGGCUAUUGUACAGAACAGAUUGAGGGUACGUAUAGCUAAGUUUUAUGUUGGAUCUGUGGAAUACGUAUUAAAUACAACGAAACCUCGUUGGACGAAACCUAUAAUAAUCAGAUAAUGUAUAUUAUAUCGAUGUAUAGCCGGUCCCCGUAACAAUGGAAUAUUUGACUCGAGAAAAUGGACCGAUGACCACGCUCGGGGGGGUCGAAGGACUUGGGUUUGUUCCUACUGUUUACGCCAAUAACACCGAGUAUCCGGAUAUCCAAUUCCACAUGGCACCCGCGAGCAUAUCCUCGGACGACGGCAUAAAAGUACGGAAAAUUCUAGGCGUCCGAGAUUCCAUAUACGACAAAGUUUUCCGACCUAUAUCCAACAAUGACGCUUGGACCAUUAUGCCACUUUUGCUUAGGCCCAGAUCACGGGGAACUAUCAGGUUGAGAUCGAGAGAUCCGAUGGCCUAUCCGUACAUAGACGCCAAUUACUUCGACGACCCACUGGAUAUAGCCACUCUGGUAGAAGGCGUAAAAAUGGCAGUUCAAGUAAGUCUAUUCGUAUUUGUGGUGACGUAUCCUGCAGGACCAUAUAUUUAGGCACCUCCAUACGUAAUAUGUACUCAAAAGCGCUUUUGAGAUUUUUCAGUGCAGGGUACACCACUGUAAUUAUCCAAAAUUAUUCUGUAUUGUUUUUGGAAUUUACACCUAUGUUUACGUUUACACAGAUAGGACAGAGCAGAGCUUUCCGACAGUAUCGGUCACGGCUCCAUCGGGUGCCUAUACCGGGAUGCGCCAGGUACGAGUUCGGGUCCGACAAGUACUGGGAAUGCAGCAUUCGCCACUUCAGCAUGACCAUUUACCAUCCGGUAGGCACGUGCAAAAUGGGACCGGCCGGCGACCCCAGCGCUGUAGUGGACCCUAGACUACGGGUGUAUGGCAUUCGGGGUUUGCGAGUAGUCGACGCGUCCAUAAUGCCGACGAUCGUCAGUGGCAACACCAACGCACCGACAAUAAUGAUCGCCGAAAAAGCAUCCGAUAUGAUUAAACAGGAUUGGCUCGCUAAUAACCGUUACCGGGGUUAACCCGUCCCAUGAGUACAUGACCUUUUCCUAUUCGGCCGAAAUGAAAUAAGUUGAUAGCUUUUCUACAUAAACCACGAUUUAAAAUAUUGAAAUGGUUACCUUACGGGUGACUAUAAAAAACCAAAAACCUUUUUAUUAAAAAAUCCUACAAAUCAACCAAAUUUAUAAUGUGCUUACGGCGGUGCUCAGAAUAAAAACAAUUUUUAAUUAUUUUUUCUUAAAUCAUAUUAUUAUUAUGGUUAUAUACUCGCAUUUUGUUAAAACCCUCUUAGAUACAUUUUACGUAAUCAUUUUAGAUGCGAGAGUUGUUCCGUUAUUUAAAAAAAAAUGUUAAGAACAUACUACUCGUCCUUGCGUGACAGAUCGGUUAACUGCAUUUACUCAUCGAACUAUCAUAACUUAUAGGGUCUUACGUACAAAUAAGCACGCAUAGUAGGUGUACACAAGAAACUCCAAGAUGAAAAAAAAUGUUCAAACAAACUAAAUGAGUUGACUAAAAACUAAUGACUUUAUGAUGGAAAAUCAAUUAUAUGUCGUGAAUUUUUAUCAAACAAAUAUCUACUUCAAAAAUAAUUAUUUUUUUUUAAAUUUUAAACAAAAUAAUAUGUGAUAAUAGGUAUUAGUUUAUGUAAAUGAUACAUAAAUAUUUAAAGUUUUGACAAAACGUAUACACUUGUUUUACCUCAUCAGACUCGAUUAGUAUUAAAACCUUUACUGGCCAAAAAGGGAUUUAACAUAUUUCGGCCGAAAAGGGAAAAGUAUGUAUUUUGAAAACAGUGACACUGCAAACAUUCGAGUUCCACUUCCUAUUUGUCACAGUUAUUGUUUUAUUUUAGCCGUGCCAUUUGUAAUGAAUACUUACCAUUCAAAUAUUGCUACGUGUAUUUUAAUUGUUGUACUCAAAUUUUGUUACCAUUUUUUUUUUAUUAUUAUUGUACAUAAAACAAUAGUUUAAGUGUUAUAAUUAUAAUGUAAAAUUAUUAUUGUUAUUAUUUUUUUACCAUUAUUUUAAUAUUUUCUCAUAAUGUGGAAUCGAAACGUUUCUCCGGAGAUUUUGAUAUAUCACUAAACUAAAAUAUACUAGUAAAAAUAUUAUUAGAAAAAAAACGAAUAUUCAUCGGUUUUAAAAAAUACAUAACUUUUAUAACUAAUUUUUACCGUAACAGCAUUAUGCAUAAAAAAAAAAUAUAAUAUAAAUUGUCCUACAAUACUAAGUGGAUAUUAUACUGUUGAAAAAUAAGAAAAAAAGGCAUAAUAAAAACUAAUUCUCAGAAUUAGGUACCUAAUAUUUAAUGCAAAAUGGAUGGUAAUGUGAUCCAUCGCCUUUAGAACGCAUAAAACGUUUUUGUUUUGCUUUCAUUGUUCAAAAUAAUAUUUUAACAUGAUAUCGAUAAAAUUAAUACAAAUUAAUUAAUUUUUGUAUCAAUGGACAGACAACAAAAUAAAUAAUGCCAAAUUUCAUAAAACUAAGACAAUUUAACCAAUUAUUGUUUAAUAAUUAUAAUAAUAAGAAUAAUAAUUAAUAAUUAAAAUUAUUUAUAAAUGAUUAAUAACAGUAAAUUUAUAUGUAACAUUAUUACUAUAUAUUACAAUUUACAAGGUGAUUCAUAUAAGUGGGUACACUCAUUAUCUCGGAAAACAUUGACUUUUUCCGAAAUUUGUUUUCUAAAACAUUUAAGAAACAAGCAGCUCUACAAUUUUAUAUUUGUUUUAUUUUUGCAACCAAUAUUUUUGGGCGGUAAAACCACUACCUACUAUUGAUUUUCAAACGGCAAUCUAUCAUAAAAAUUCCAUAAGUAGAUUGAGUAUUAAUUAUAAUAAAUUUUAGUUUUGACAUUUUUGAUUUCCGUCAAUCCGUUGACAGGAUAUUUCACUUUUAAGUUUGAGUUGGUGAAGAGUGGUGGAGUAUCAUUUGUGUGGCUAUACGUCACGUGGCGUGUUAAUGAUGUACCACUAUUCUUCUUUACCCCAAACACAAAAAUGGAAUAUCUCGUCAACGGACUGAAGGAANUAACAGAAAUAUAAAAUUGUAAAGCAGCUUGUUUCUUAAACUUUCUAGAAAACAAAUUCCGGAAAAAGUUAAUACUUUCCGAGAUAAUGAGUGUACCUACUUUAAUUAAUCACCUGGUAGUUACACUACAGUUUGUUCCUUAUGCACUAUUACCAUGGACAUUUUUUUGUUGUUAAAUAUUCUUUACAGUGAAAGUUAAGUAAAUUAAAACAUAUGAAUAUAAUACAUCUUAUAUUGAUUGUACAUUUCGCCUCUAACUAUAUAAAUUAUAAAUGUUAAAUAUAGGCAAAUAUUAAUAAUAAUAACAAAUAAUGCAUAUUUAUUCAUUUGUUAUAGUCAUAAUUUAAAAUAUUAUGUUCAUUACUAUGAUCUCUUAAUAUGAAAUAUUACUGAUUCAGAAUAAGAUAAUGUACAUAUUAUUUUUUUACAUUUUAUAAUCAUAAAAAAUAUACUGUUUUUUAUGUGUGUCAC